AGACGCAGUUGAAAAAAGAAAAAAAUAAAUCUAGACGGUAGUAGACACGGAGUUGGCACUGGCACUUGUGCUUUCCCAAAAUGCAUCAUCCGUUUUGAAGCGAGGAGCUCCAACAUGGAGGCGGCAGUGGUCGAUGCUGGCUCCAAGCUUCUCAAGGCGGGACCAGCAAUCCCUGAUCAGGCUCCCUCCAUGGUAAUUCCUACUAAAAUGAAACGCAUACUUGAGGAUGGAUCCUCAGCUGAUAAUUCACUGUUUGAAGAUGUCUCUAUCGAUCCUGUUGUGCGAGGAUUCAUUAGAGACUGGGAUGCCAUGGAAGAUUUGUUGCACCAUGUUCUAUACACUGGCCUUGGAUGGGAAGUUGGGAAUGAAGGGCAAAUCUUGUUUACAGAUCCGCUUUAUACUCCCAAGGCUGUCAGAGAACAACUGGUGCAAUUGCUGUUUGAAACUUUUAAUGUCUCGGGAUUUUAUGCAUCGGAGCAAGCAGUAUUAUCUCUGUAUGCUGUUGGGCGUAUCUCAGGUUGUACUGUUGAUAUUGGCCAUGGGAAGAUAGACAUAGCCCCGGUACUUGAAGGUGCUGUCCAACACAUUGCCUCAAGAAGAUAUGAAAUUGGAGGGAUUGAUUUGACAAAGUUACUUGCUCAAGAGCUGGCUAAAUCUAAUCCUAUGGUGAACCUCAGCAUCCCUGACGUUGAGAAAUUAAAAGAGCUUUUCUCAUGUUGUGCUGAAGAUGAAGUUGCUUAUGACAGAACCCUUAAAUCAUGUGAGACAGAGGAACACACCCUGCCUGAUGGACAGGUGAUAAGAAUUGGAAGGGAAAGAUUUACUGUUGGUGAGGCAUUGUUCCAACCAUCUAUAUUGGGUUUAGAAACUCAUGGAAUUGUUGAGCAGCUCGUUCAUAGUAUUUCAACAGUUUCUUCUGAGAAUCAGAAGCAACUGCUAGAAAAUACUGUUCUUUGUGGUGGGACUACUUCUAUGACUGGUUUUGAAGAUAGGUUCCAGAAAGAAGCGAGCCUGUGCUCAUCUGCUAUCCGUCCUUCUCUAGUGAAGCCUCCAGAAUAUAUGCCAGAGAAUUUGACAGUGUAUUCGGCAUGGGUGGGAGGUGCAAUUCUUGCUAAAGUGGUGUUUCCACAAAACCAGCAUGUAACGAAGGCAGAUUACGAUGAGACUGGACCUUCUGUUGUUCAUAGAAAGUGUUUUUGAUUAAUUUUACUUUGAGUGAGCUAAGUUCUUGUUCACAGCUUUCUGUCUGUAUUAUAUUAGGAUACUAAUGGCUGUAGAAAAACCAGAAACUGAAAAUUGUGUUUAACUGAUGAAGAAAAAUGCACGCUUAUGUUACUGAUAUCAGUGUAGGUGAGUUGGUAUUUCUUUAAUUUCAAGGAUCAGCAUUUCCCAUUC